UUCAUGAUCCCUUGGAAUUCCCACUGGCAUUGGAUCAGAUGUUGGAUUGCAAGAUGGCUUUCAAAGUUAAGUGGCAACCACGUUGGAAGAAUGCCUCUGUCGUUAUGCUAUUGAAGAAUGACCCUUUUGUGAAAGAGCUUGCUGAUCAGUUUGACACAGAUGAAAUGAAACAACCUGCUGUCGAAGCAAUGACCACUGUUCGAUCCGAACCUAAAUUUGUCGUCGAUCUUGAUGUGAGUUCAACGCACAACACAGAUCCAGUUACUCCUACUGGAAAAAGACACUUUCCAGGCGUAUCAAGCGAGUCAACAACCUCGGAUGCCACGUGUGAUGGAGAACUUUCAUCAAACAAGUUAAAGAAAAUUAUAAAAAUAGAGAAGCUAGAUUAGUAGUUCCUGCAUA